GUAAUUAUGGUAGAAGCCACAUCAGUGGCUGAAAGAGAACAAUGGUCCUCGUGGGCCGACUUUAUUAUGAGUUGCAUCGGUUACGCAAUCGGUCUUGGUAACGUCUGGCGUUUUCCAUAUCUUUGUUACCAGAACGGAGGAGGCGCGUUUCUCAUUCCAUAUUGCAUCUCAUUGGUCUUCUGCGGAGCACCUCUAUUCAUUCUGGAAACAUCAUGGGGACAACUCAUGUCUGUCGGAGGACUUGGAAUGUUCAAAAUUUGCCCUAUUUUCAAAGGCGUUGGUAUCGCUGCAGCUGUGAUGGCUUUUUGGCUCAACAUCUACUACAUUGUCGUUCUUUCCUGGGCUGCGACCUAUCUUUAUAACUCAUUUACAAUGUCUGAUGUUCCUUGGAAGAACUGUGAUCAUGCAUGGAAUACACCGAACUGCCGAUCGGAAUAUGUCAAGAUUCCAUGUGACAGUAACCGAACAAUUGCUGAAUUCUUUAACGUUAAAGUUCUUACCCAUGAUCAUAUUCACGAAUACAAAAAGCAAUUUUUCGUUGGAGAAAAAAUGAAUUGGACUGUAUGCUCGGCUGCUGAUCUUUCUGUUGUUUCUCCAGUAAAAGAAUUCUGGAACCACCGAGUGUUAGGAAUUUCUUCUGGUCUCGAAAAUCCAGGUGGCAUCCGUUGGGAUCUUGCACUUUUCCUUCUUCUCGUCUGGAUUAUUUGCUAUCUUUGUAUUUUCAAAGGUGUUAAGUGGACAGGAAAAGUUGUAUACAUCACUGCUUCUUUCCCAUAUAUGAUGCUUUUCUGUCUUCUCAUCCGUGGGCUGACGCUAGAAGGCGCUGGUGUUGGGCUCGAGUUUUAUCUGAAACCCGAUUUCAGCAAGUUGUUAGAGUCAAAAGUAUGGGUUGAUGCAGUAACUCAAGUGUUUUUCUCGUAUGGUCUUGGACUUGGAGCUCUCGUGGCACUGGGAAGUUACAACAAGUUUAACAAUAAUGUUUACAAACAAGCACUCACGGUAUGCUUUGUCAACAGCGGAACUUCAGUAUUUGCCGGGUUCGUUAUUUUCUCAUUCAUCGGAUUCAUGGCAACUCAACAAGAAAAAAGUGUAGCCGAAGUAGCUCAAGCGGGCCCUGGACUUUUAUUCCUUGCCUAUCCAUCUGGAAUUCUUCAACUUCCAUACACCCAAUUUUGGUCUUGUCUCUUUUUCUUGAUGGUUCUUUUCUUGGGAGUUGACUCUCAAUUUUGUACAAUGGAAGGAUUUUUCACCGCUAUCAUUGACGAGUUCCCACAAAUUCGACGAAAAAAAUACGGACGAGAAAUAUUUGUGGGAGUGAUCUGCGUUAUAUCAUAUCUUAUUGGGUUGACUACAGUAACCGAAGGUGGUUUUUAUGUAUUCCAACUGUUUGAUUUCUAUGCAGCAUCUGGAUGGGCACUUUUAUGGCUUCUUUUCUUUGAAUGUAUUGCAAUUUCAUGGAGUUUAGGAAUCGAUCGUUGGUAUGAACAUAUGAAGAGUAUGAUUGGUUAUUAUCCAAGUGCUUGGUGGAAGUUUUGCUGGGUUUUUGCAACACCGUCUGUAUGUUUCGGAGUUCUUUUAUUCGGACUAAUUAAAUAUCAACCACUUCGUAUUGAUGCCUACAAUUAUGACUACCCGGUAUGGGGACAUAUCUUCGGAUGGUUCUUAUCGCUUUCUUCAAUGCUUUGUAUUCCCGGAUAUGCUAUUUGGAUAUGGUUCAAAACUCCAGGAACUGUUCAAGAGAAAAUCAAAUUGCUGUGCCGACCCGACAUUGAAAUCAAAGGUGCAAUGGAAAAUGCAGAAAAUCUGGAGCUUGUUGAAGAUUUCCAGAAUGCGAUCUAAACUAAUGUUUCCCAAUCUAUUAUAGGAAUUAAUCCGUAUAUAUUUACUUGUUUCCAAAUUUUUUCCACUUAUUCCUAACUAUCUCUUUUUUGCUGUCUCUCUCCAAUCCCAUCCGUGACAUUCCUUCGAUGCCAAUCUUUCUUCUUUCUUCCUUACUAAAGUUCAUUAGUAUUACUGCCGUUUGUUUUUAUUUUUAAGAUUUAUACAAACUUUUUUCCCCGAAACUUUGAUUUUUGAAUAGAUUCUUUCACUUCAAUUUUAUAUGAAUAAAAUGAUAAUUGAUU